AUGUCAUUGCUUCCAUUGGUCGAAAAAGUCGAUUCCUUUCCCUACGUUGAAGAUCCUUAUUACUGGAAGUUUAUCAGCCAUGACGGGGCUCUACUCGGGUACAUCGUACCUGAAAUAGCACAUCGGUUAAAGGCGUCCGAUUAUUUCCAGGUAGAUGAAUCCAGUCACAUCGUGCAGUUGAGUCCCUCCUUAGAUACUUUCGAGAAAAGAAACCAGGUUUUUGCAGAAAUUGCUCUUAAAUGGAAGGAGACCGACCAAUUGCUAGCGCUGGGUUGGCGUGAUGAGUUGUACACCAUCUAUAACCCCCGGUCGGUUCCUUAUAUGUUACUUGAAAGAGCAUUUUCUUGUCUUUUGGGUGUAGCAACCUACGGUGUUCACAUCAAUGGCUAUGUUCCAGCAUCAAAAACUGUAGAUAAUGUGCUUAAAUUAUGGGUUCCCCGGAGAUCCUUGACUAAGGCAACUUAUCCAGGAAAAUUAGACAACACCAUCGCAGGCGGAUUGGCACAUCCCUACGGAAUAUGGGAGAAUGUUGUUAAGGAGUGCUACGAAGAAGGCGGAUUGAGUGCUGACUUUGUUGAGAGCCAUAUUAAAUCUGCUGGUGUGAUCACCUACUUGUGCCAACCAUACGGCCCAAAGGGCCAUGCUCAACCUGAAGUGGAGUACGUUUACGACUUGGAGUUUGAAUCCGAGACGGAUACUGUUCCUUUUCCAGUUGACGGAGAGGCUGAGGAUUUCAAGCUCAUGACAAUCGAGGAAGUUAAACAAAGAAUGCUUGCAGAUGAGUUUAAGCCCAAUUGUGGCUUGGUGAUUGUGGACUUUUUGAUGAGACAUGGCUAUGUUACCCCAGAAAAUGAACCCAACUACUUGGAGAUCCAAAGUAGAAUUCACCGGAGAUUUCCAUUUGCCAUGCGGAACUGA